CCUACCAUAAGAGACAACGAGGGGGAAAGAGAGAGAAACAGCACACAACCCUCUUCUCCAAGGCUUCCCGAGCAAACUUCUCCCAUUCCAUCCUCCACUCUCCCUCCCUGGUCCUUUGGCUCACCUGGACUCCUCUUUAAGGAAACAUCCUUGCUGUCUUUUGCUGUUUCUGUAUUUCCCAUCCUUAAACAAGAAAAAGCCAAAUCCAGCCACUACAGCCCCCCCUAGAUUUGAAGGGGGGAGAGAGUUGUAGCUCAGGCUCUCUAUCUGAAAAAAGCACAUUUUUUACCAUGUAUUUUGGCUUUAAACGUUCUCCUUCCUUGGUGCACUCGGUGCUUACAGCUAUGGAUCUAGCAAAAUUGCCUGCAUCUUGUCUGCAUGUUCUGCACUCCCCGGCACUCAGUUGAUCCUCAUCUUCUUCUUUGGGGGACCACAGGGUGUUUGUGUGGGGGUGACUUCUUCUGGCUGGGAAUAUUUUCUGACCACCUUCUUUUAAAAAACUUCUUUGACCUGGACUUCACUUCCUCACCUGCAGCAUCCCUUGGACAUUUCUUUUCCAUGCAAAGGGGUUCUUAUUUCAUGCCAGCAUGGCAGAACAUGGCACACACCAGUCUCCUGCCUGGCAUUCGGGGAACCCACCCACUCACAACCCCACUCUGUGCCCCCUGGAACAUGUGGAUUUGGGAAUUAGUGAGCAGUCAUCUCCACUGGAGCAACCACCACCAUCCCCUGACCUGGGUGAUGACGAUGAUGAUGGUGACAUGGAACCCCCAGCAGACCCAGACGUGCCCUACCCUGAUUUAGCUUCUGUGGUUUUCUUCUGCUUGAGACAGACUACCAGGCCUCGGAGCUGGUGCAUCAAGAUGGUGUGCAAUCCUUGGUUUGAAUGUGUCAGCAUGAUGGUGAUCCUACUGAACUGUGUUACUCUUGGGAUGUACCAGCCCUGUGAUGAUAUGGAUUGCCUUUCCAACAGAUGUCAAAUUUUGCAGGUAUUUGAUGACUUCAUCUUCAUCUUCUUUGCUAUGGAGAUGGUGCUGAAGAUGGUGGCCUUGGGGAUCUUUGGCAAGAAAUGCUAUCUUGGAGACACCUGGAACCGCCUAGAUUUCUUUAUUGUUAUGGCUGGGAUGGUAGAAUAUUCUCUGGAUCUCCAAAAUAUCAACUUGUCUGCAAUCCGCACUGUACGGGUCCUGCGGCCUCUCAAAGCCAUCAAUCGUGUGCCUAGCAUGCGUAUCCUGGUGAAUCUGCUCUUGGACACUCUGCCCAUGUUGGGGAAUGUUCUGCUUCUCUGCUUCUUCGUCUUCUUCAUCUUUGGCAUCAUCGGAGUGCAGCUAUGGGCUGGUCUACUGAGAAACCGCUGUUUCAUGGAUGAGAACCUGACCAUACAAGGUAACAUCACUCUUCCUCCCUAUUAUCAACCUGAGGAAGACGACGAAAUGCCCUUCAUCUGUUCGCUGUCAGGAGAUAAUGGCAUCAUGGGUUGUCAUGAGAUUCCCCCAUUGAAAGAGCGGGGCCAUGAGUGCUGUUUGGACAAAGAUGACUAUUUCUACUACACCUCUGUCAGACAGGAGUUCAAUGUCAGUGGAAUGUGUGUCAACUGGAAUAAGUAUUACAAUGAAUGCCGGACAGGCAACGCCAAUCCACACAAAGGGGCUAUCAACUUUGACAAUAUCGGCUAUGCAUGGAUUGUUAUAUUUCAGGUGAUCACUCUGGAAGGGUGGGUGGAGAUUAUGUACUAUGUGAUGGAUGCUCAUUCAUUCUACAACUUCAUCUACUUCAUCUUGCUGAUCAUUGUGGGCUCAUUCUUCAUGAUCAACCUGUGCCUAGUGGUCAUUGCUACACAGUUUUCAGAGACCAAGCAGCGAGAGCACCAGCUUAUGCAAGAGCAGCGAGCGCGGUACCUGUCCUCUAGCACUGUGGCCAGCUACAUGGAACCAGGAGACUGCUACGAAGAGAUCUUUCAAUAUGUCUGUCACAUUGUCCGCAAAGCCAAGCGCCGCACCCUUGGCUUCUACAACAGCCUGCAGGAUCGACGUCUAGGCCGAACAGAGCCAAGCAUUGCCAAGCGGAACAUAAAUGGGAAACAUCAAAGACAAUACAGACGCUGCCAUAAACACAACUCUGUCGAUCGCAUGCCACAAAGCCUUGGCCAGCCUAUUGCUCUGACUUUGACAUCUGACCCCAACAACUGUCCAAGAUGUCACAAGGCCCAGCGGGAAGCAGCCCGGAGGCUUUCAGUUCUUGAAAGUGCUGAUUCGGAACAGGAAGAUGGAGGGGGAGCCACAGAAGAGGAGGGAAAUGGCAGGAAAGAUAGCGAGGGAGCUGCAGACCUGGAGAAAGAGGAAGAGGAAGGAGAAGAAGGUGGCCAGUUGACACUCUGCAGUGACAUGUGGCAAGAAGUGAGGGUCAAACUGAGAGGAAUUGUAGAGAGCAAAUACUUCAACCGUGGUAUCAUGAUUGCCAUCCUUGUGAACACUAUCAGCAUGGGUAUUGAACAUCAUGAACAGCCAGAAGAGCUGACCAACAUUUUAGAGAUCUGCAAUGUUGUGUUUACCAGCAUGUUUGCCCUGGAGAUGAUCUUGAAACUUGCUGCCUUCGGUCUCUUUGAUUAUCUUCGCAACCCUUACAACAUUUUCGACAGCAUCAUUGUGAUUAUCAGCAUCUGGGAGAUCAUAGGUCAAGCUGAUGGAGGUCUGUCAGUACUGAGGACAUUUCGGCUACUGAGGGUACUAAAGCUGGUGAGGUUCAUGCCUGCCUUGCGGCGUCAGUUGGUGGUGCUAAUGAAGACUAUGGACAAUGUGGCUACCUUCUGCAUGCUUCUUAUGCUAUUUAUAUUCAUAUUCAGCAUCCUGGGAAUGCACAUCUUUGGGUGUAAAUUCAGCCUCAGGACUGACACAGGAGAUACAGUCCCCGACCGGAAGAAUUUUGAUUCCCUGCUUUGGGCCAUUGUGACUGUGUUCCAGAUCUUGACUCAGGAGGACUGGAAUGUUGUGCUGUAUAAUGGCAUGGCCUCCACUUCCCCAUGGGCAUCCCUGUAUUUUGUGGCUCUCAUGACAUUUGGCAACUAUGUUCUCUUCAAUCUGCUUGUGGCCAUCCUAGUGGAGGGAUUCCAGGCCGAGGGUGAUGCUAAUCGGUCAUUUUCAGAUGAUGAUCAGAGUUCAUCAAACAUUGAAGAGUUUGACAAGUUCCAGGAUGCCUCAGAUCCAAAGCUUUGUGCAAUCCCCAUGACCCCAAAUGGACAUCUUGAUCCCAACCUGCCUUGUCUCAACCAGCCUGGAGCAGUUGCUGGAAUUACUAAUCCUUCAUGCAAUGCACUACAACCAGAUAAAGUCCUUGUGGCCCUUGAAACUAGGAAAAGCAGUGUGAUGUCCUUGUCUAGCUCUCGCAGUUCUCACUAUGGAGCAUGGGGUCAGAGUGGGGGCUGGGGAAGCCGACGCUCCAGCUGGAACAGUCUUGCCCGGGGGCACAGCCUCAAACAGAAGCCUCCUUCAGCUGAGCACGAGUCACUCUUAUCUGGGGAAAGACACAGGACAUUAGAAGGAGAACGAGAAGCACCACUAAGAGUUCAUCAUCACCGACGGACACUCUCCUUGGAUAUCAAAGGCUCUUCUGAAAUAGUAGAGUUGGUGCCAUCAGCACCAUCCUGUCACAGGCCAUCACGAAAAACCGGUGUGACAACAGGACCUACUCUGCACCAGGACUGCAAUGGUAAAAUGCCUAAUAUUGCUAAGGAUAUCUUUCCUGAAAUGAACAAUCGCAAGGACCAUGGAGAAGAUGAGGAGGAGAUAGACUAUAGCCUGUGUUUCCGUAUCAGAAAGAUGAUAGAAGCCUACAAGCCAGACUGGUGUGAGUUGCGGGAUGACUGGUCCAUCUAUCUCUUCUCACCUCAAAACAAGUUUCGCAUCCUUUGCCAAACUAUCAUUGCCCAUAAACUGUUUGAUUAUAUCGUCCUGUCCUUCAUUUUCCUGAACUGCAUCACCAUCGCCUUGGAGAGACCUCAGAUUGAACAUGGGAGCACAGAGAGAAUCUUCCUCACGGUAUCCAAUUACAUCUUCACAGCCAUCUUUGUUGCUGAGAUGACACUGAAGGUAGUCUCCCUUGGCCUAUAUUUUGGGGACCAGGCCUAUCUUCGCAGCAGCUGGAAUAUCCUUGAUGGCUUUCUGGUGUUUGUAUCCAUCAUUGAUAUUGUGGUUUCAGUUGCGUCUGCUGGGGGAGCCAAGAUUCUGGGAGUGUUGCGUGUCCUCCGACUGCUGCGCACUUUGCGCCCCCUCAGGGUCAUCAGCCGUGCCCCAGGCCUGAAGCUGGUGGUUGAGACCCUCAUUUCUUCACUCAAGCCCAUUGGAAACAUCGUUCUCAUUUGCUGUGCUUUCUUCAUCAUAUUUGGCAUUCUUGGAGUACAGCUCUUCAAGGGGAAGUUCUACCAUUGCCUGGGAGUGGACAUCCGAAACAUCACCAACAGGUCUGACUGCAUGGCUGCCAAUUACAAAUGGGUGCAUCACAAGUACAACUUCGAUAACCUGGGCCAGGCUUUGAUGUCACUCUUUGUUCUGGCUUCCAAGGAUGGCUGGGUCAACAUUAUGUACAAUGGUCUGGAUGCUGUGGCUGUUGACCAGCAGCCAGUGACCAACAACAACCCUUGGAUGCUCCUUUACUUCAUCUCUUUCUUGCUCAUCGUCAGCUUCUUCGUGCUCAACAUGUUUGUGGGGGUGGUGGUAGAAAACUUCCACAAAUGCCGUCAGCAUCAGGAGGCAGAGGAGGCCCGGCGACGUGAGGAGAAGCGCUUGAGGCGCCUGGAGAAGAAGCGCAGGAAGGCACAGCGCUUGCCGUAUUAUGCCACCUAUUGCUCUGUUCGCCUUCUCAUCCAUUCGGUCUGCACCAGCCACUACUUGGAUAUCUUCAUCACCUUCAUCAUUUGCCUCAACGUUGUCACCAUGUCUCUGGAGCACUACAACCAACCAAUGUCUCUGGAGACUGCCCUCAAAUACUGCAACUACAUGUUCACUACGGUUUUUGUGCUGGAGGCAGUUCUGAAGCUUGUGGCAUUUGGUCUGAGACGCUUCUUCAAAGAUAGGUGGAACCAAUUGGACCUGGCUAUUGUUCUGCUCUCAGUCAUGGGCAUCACACUUGAGGAGAUUGAAAUCAAUGCUGCCCUCCCUAUCAACCCCACCAUCAUUCGCAUUAUGAGAGUGCUGCGCAUUGCUCGAGUUUUGAAGCUCUUGAAGAUGGCAACUGGGAUGCGAGCUUUAUUGGACACAGUUGUACAAGCGCUGCCACAGGUUGGAAAUCUUGGACUGCUUUUCAUGCUCCUUUUUUUCAUCUAUGCCGCUUUAGGAGUGGAACUGUUUGGGAAACUUGUAUGCAAUGAUGAGAAUCCUUGUGAGGGUAUGAGCCGUCAUGCCACCUUUGAGAAUUUUGGGAUGGCCUUCCUCACACUUUUCCAGGUCUCCACUGGUGACAACUGGAAUGGAAUCAUGAAGGACACACUACGUGACUGCACCCAUGAUGACCGGAGCUGCCUCAGCAACCUGCAGUUCAUCUCACCACUGUACUUUGUCAGCUUUGUGCUCACCGCUCAGUUUGUCCUAAUCAAUGUAGUAGUAGCUGUACUCAUGAAACAUCUAGAUGACAGCAACAAAGAAGCACAAGAAGAUGCAGAAAUGGAUGCUGAGAUUGAGCUUGAGAUGGCACAUGGGCUGUACCCACAUAGCUCACUGAAUCCUGGACAAGAUGGAGGAGGUGGAAGAAUGGACCCCGAAGGACAUCUAUGCAUGGCCUGCUUCUCUCCUGCACAGGAGAACUUAUGGCUGGACAGUGUCUCUUUAAUUAUUAAAGACUCCUUCGACGGGGAGUUAAUGAUCAUCGAUAACCUAUCGGGCUCCGUCUUCCAUCAUUACUCCUCGCCGGCCAUGUGCGAGAAGUGUAACCAUGACAAGCAAGAGGUCCAGCUUGCUGAAAUGGAAGGCUUAUCCCUCAACUCUGAUAAGUCUUCUGUCCUCCUAGGGGAUGAUGAAGAUAACCAGAGUGGUGAUCUGCCAAGCCCCAAGGAAACAAAGGAUGGUGAGGACAGCCCUAACUCCAUGGGGAUUGUGCCUUUGGAGGAAAGUCUCUUCCCUUUAACGAGUACAGAUGCUUCUCCUGCUCCAGAAAGCUACCUAUGUGAAAUGGAGAAAAUCCCUUUUAGUCCAGUACAGUCUUGGCUAACAGAUGAGAGCAACCAAGGUCCUCCCAGCCCCUUCUCUCCAGAUGCAUCUAAGACUCUAUUUCUGGAAGAAGCAGAAUUUUUCCUUCCAGCUCCUUCUGCCAGUCAGCCAAGUCAGGAAGAAGUUCCCUGUCCAGAGAAUCUCCCUAAAAUCUCUCUGCAGGCUUCUUGGGCUUCACUGCAAUCUCAAAGUGUGAACUGCUCCCUUAUCCAUCAGACCACAGAGAGUGACACCUCCUUAGAUGACAGCAGGAGCAACAGCUCAGAAGGAAGCCUGCAGACCACACUGGAGGACAGCUUAAACCUCAGUGACUCACCCCAGUGUGCACUGGAUCUCCCAGUAACACUGUGCCCAGUGCCAGCAGCAGCCACCCAAAGAGCCUUGGUGGCACCACUUUCCCCUGCUUCUCGGAGGCAGAGCUUAAAGGGUCGUGGGAUUUUCACUCUUCAGAACAUCCGGCGGCACCAGCGAAGCCACAGCAGUGGAGGAAGUACUAGUCCAGGUUGUCCUUACCAUGACUCCAUGGACCCUUCUGAUGAGGAGGGUGCUGGAAGCAGCCUAAGGGGUGGAGGCAACAAUAGUGAACAGUCAGAGACCCUUAGCAGCCUCUCUCUGACUUCUCUCUUCUCACCACCACCUCCACCACAAGGUCUGGCACUGAUAAAGAAGUGCAACAGCACCAGCAGUCUCCAUGCCAACUCUUCUUCGCGAGGUUCUGCAGUGACAGAGGCCAAGCAGUUCUACUCGGUUGACCCAAGGGGUUUUUUAUCCAUGCCCUCAUGGAUGACGGACUUCUGCAAGAAUAGUCCUUCUCCAAGGGAAGGUGGCAUGCCAGAGGGCUCAGGCAGGAUUGGGACUGCAGAUCACAGCUCCCCAAUUCCUUCUGAGUUGCAGCUGGGGAGUGGAGUCAGCAAGAGGAACAGAUGAGUCUCCUUGGGGCAGGGAGAAAUAAUGAAAUGUGAACAAGGAGCGUGUUUGGGCUACCAUUUCCUACUAGCAGUUCCAAAUGGCAGGACUGUGGAAAAGGAAACAAGCAACCACGCAAAAUAUAAAUAUGUAUGUCUGUGUGUGUAUGUGUGUGCACGCAUGCAUGCAUGCGUGCGUGCAUAUGUGUGGAAAACAAAAACUUUUAUUCCAUACCUCAGAGACACAAGUGAGUGAAAGCAAUAUGUGAACACCCCACCCAUGCAUGGGACCACCGCCUCUGCAAAGAAAACAGUGGAGCAAGGGAAUCAAAAGAUAAGAGUGCUGGGUUAAGCGGGUGAAGAGCCUCUAGCCAAAUAAUUGGCUGAAGGCAGCCGUUUACUCCUCUACAUAUACAAAUAUAUAUGUACAGACAUAUAGAAUGAUUUAUUUAUUUUUUUUACAGAGAGCUUAGGACUUCCAGAAAGUGCUAAGUGUGAAAAGGCCCAGGUCUUGGGGAAAAUAUAAUUUCAAAAUGAAAUGAGGAACCUGGAUUUUAGGGCUUGGGUAUCUUUUUUUGAGGAAAAUUGUAUUGUUCAUGCUUUCCUCUGGGGAGAAGAGGAAAUGUCUGUUACCAGAUCAGUGUGGGCAGUACGUUGCUCUAUAUGGAGAUAUUGGGGUGGGGUACAACAAGAUCUAGAGCUGAGGUUGGCUGUCUCUGUGUUAUUGAGCUUUUCAGGCAAUGUCAGUGAAACUCCAUUCCUUACAUGUUAACUUUGUGGAGUCUGGUCAUCUAGCUGAGUUUAGGUGAGUUUUGGAGAAGUGAAAAGAAGUGUCAUUGUGGCAGAAAGGAUAAGAUGUAACCACACAGUGAGUACUGAGUACUUUGCUUCACAUUGAUUUUGCUUUUUAAAAAGUAAUGCAGAGGAAAAAGAUGCUUGGGGGAAGCUUCUCUGUAUUGUUAGGGGUGUGGGGUUUAUAUUUUAUUUUCCUUACUAUUCAGUACUUGUGAAGAGUCUAUUUUAGAAGCCCAGAGGUGCAAAAAAAAAAAAAACAUCUCUAGAGAAAAGUAUGCUAUUUUUUACAAAUAUAUUAAAAGGUGAAGAAAACAGCAACCUCAAGAGAAUGAGCAGAGGAACAGAAUGAACCUGACUUAUAAGGUGUAACUAGCUCUCUAGUUACCUAAAUCUCAUAUAGUGUCCCACAAAAAUAUAUUUCCAAGCAAUCUCUAGAAAAGACUGUGAGCUAUCCUCCCCCCCCCCCUUUAAAAAAAACUCUUUUAUGGCUUUCCAAUUUAAAUCCAGUGUGGUGACUCUUGGACAGCAUCAGAUGACGUUCCUCCAGCCAUUCUAAAAAAUUCAAAGCAAUUAGCACUUUUUUGGUCCUGACACCAGAAGUUGAUAGUGAGGGUCAAGCUUUACGACAUAGUUUAGUACUGUGUGUAUGUUUUUAAAAACUAUAAAUAACUGCUGCUAGAGAGAAGCGAAGUUGGAAACAUAAAAUGCUGGUAGAAGGGUUCUUACUGCACAAAAGUCCUGAUGAAAAGCCCAUCACACCAACAGACUGUUAUCUGGCACAAUAACAGCCCCUGUUCAUGUCAAUGAGUAAUUCCCUCCCAUGCCAAGUGUCAGCUUCAGGGAAUAAUUUUCAUCAGGAUCAUGGCACAAAAGGAAAUGGUUAAAUUGCCUCCCUAGCUGUUGUACUACUCAUCAAAAUCAGGCCCCACAGCAGCUGCUAGUUAUAGUUUUUACAUGUGAUGACACCAAACUACAUGUCACAAGGAGUUGGCCUUGUGAGAAUGAGAAAGAGGGUACAUGUAUGUGUACGUAUAUGCAAUAUGAUAGGUUAUUUGUUUACUAGUGAAUGUUUGGAAGGGUUGCUCCUUACCUUUUCAGUGCUUUGUAUAUGAAGAGUGGAUUGAUCAUCCGGGAGGUUCAUGGGAGUUAGUAUCUGAUUAGAUGAAAGAAUCACUCUCAAAAUCAAAAAGGCCAAUUUCUUACUCCCUGUUAUAUAACACAUUCCCAGUGAUUCAGUCCUCCUUUCAGGGUGCCUUUGUAUUGGGUCUUACUUUUUUCACCACCAGCCAAGUUCUCUGCCAAGCCUGGUUUUGGUAAAAUAGACAUAAUCAAUUUCAUUUUAAAGGCAACAUUCAAAGAUAUAACUUGAAGGCAAAGUUGCCAACUGACAAGGAAAAAAAACAUGGCAGGCUCCUGUGCCUUUGACAAAAACAUGAUCUAUAGAAAGUUGUAAGUGAAAGUCUCUAUAACAUGGAGAUGAACACUUUCACAUACUUUGUGCUGGAAAAUUAAAGCCCUGUUAAAGGCACAUCUAUAGGGUUUGGGGGGGGGUUGAAAAGUUGGUAACCAACUUUAAAGGGCUUUGGGGGAAACAGGCAGAAGGAUUUUCAAUACUCUUUCCUUCCAACAUGCUCCUCUCUACUGAGCAUCACAUACCCAGGAGUGGGGGAGUACUUGUCUUCAGAAUGAGACAUUUUUUUUUCUCACACAAGGUAUACCUGCCUCUGUGGGCUCCUUCCACAUACUUGGACCCAAGGUUGCAUCCUUUUUAACAGCCAUGUCUGCAGCAUAUUCUUUUUAAGAAGACAGAACAAUGCUGAUUUAUAUGGCCAAACAGCUGCUUUGUUCUGUAUGUAAUGAGGCAGUAAAUACCAAAUGUGUUGUGAUGAACAGGAGAUGGAAUUUUAACAGUGAAUUCAUCUCUUGGAUAAUCAUACAUCUUUCUUAGAGAAUAUAAAACCAGAACUGAGCAGCGUCUAAAACUUUGGAGGAAAAGAGACCAGGAGAAUCCACUACUUCAGAGAAGUCACUGGUCUGCAUUAAUAAAGCAAUAACAGUGGUCUUAGUUUUCAUUGUUUGUUUUUUGUUCUGAUUUGUGGCAUGCUUCCUGUUAAUUCUCAAAGGCAGGAGAGCACAGUGGGCAGAGAAAAGGCAACCCUUCCUCACCCAAUUUCACUCCAAAACAUACACUUCAGUCUGAACGGAUCAAACAAAGAUUCUACAAGUAGAGACUGACAUUUCAUCAUAUCUUCUUAACCACCACUAUUCCAGGCUGUGGUCAUGCUGGGACCAAUUCAUUAUGUACAUUGUAGAUUCUGCAGCCAUUAAUCCAUAUGAUGAAGCAGUCAAAUGGCAUUUUCUCUUCCAAUGCAAAACCAAUGCAGGUAACAGAGCUCUCACAUUGCCUACCAAAAGAGGUGUGUGAAUGUAUUUGCUAAGUAGGGAUCUUACAUUUCCUGCUGGGUUCUGCUUGUACAAAUUCAUUGUGAGACCUCAUGAAUAACUCAGUCCAAUGUAACUUUUUCACAUGUAUGCCCUUCCAAAAUAUCUGGUAUUGAACAGUUUGAUGUUGAAAUUGUGUUUAUUUGUGCUUGAAAAACAAAGACCAAAACUAAUCAAUCAAAACAGCCCACUCACAUUGAAAGGCAGCAUGUAACCAGUUUGUAAUUUUGAUCCUGUUCAUUUCAAGUGUAGCCUUAAAUGAUGGAAAAUGGGGUAUGAAAAGCAGCAGGGAAAUUGGCCUUGGAAAUGCCCAUGUAAUCUAAGGAUGCUAAACCUUUCCCAUUGGAUGUUCAACUUUUCCCAUGCUUGCCUUUAAAUCUCUGCAAUGUUACUGGGAACUUAGGCUUCCAUUAUAAUGUGUAGUUCUGCCUCCCGAAUGACCUACAGUCAAGAAGCAUGGUAGGUUCAAUCCUACAUUAUUUAGAACCCGUUCAUGCAUGUUUAAUCAGACGUAAGUCCCAUUCUCCAGAGAUGAUGUAGUCUGUCUCCAGCAAACAUAUUUGAGAAAGCAUCAACUCACAGUCACAGUAAAGAGCUGUCUUUGAAAAUACCAAUGGAGGAACUUCCUCUAGAAAUUCUAGACUGGGCCCACAUGGCUAACACUGUGAGGGGUCUGUUCAGAGCUCAGCAAUCCCCUUCUUCCCUUUCUCCUUCAAACUGCUCAUUCUCUGUUCAUUUCAAACACAAAUGGGCUAGAAGGAAAAAUUAUAUUACAAAAGCUUUCUGUCUGGAUUCAACACUUUCCUUGCAACAAGUAAUCUUCUGAGGAAAUACCUUCAAGUUCCCAUGCAUCCUCAUUAGACAUUCCUGUGUAGUGUUUAUCCUGAACAGUAUUUCUGGCAUUAGGACUUCCUAUUUAGCAUUUAAUUUGGCCAAAGAAUAUUCAGAAGGGUCUUGGUAGCUCAGGUCUCUGCCUUGUGCCUCUAAAGGUAGCGAUUUUUCCAUGUCUGGAUGAGAACACCAUCCAUUCAGGGCUCUUCAACCCAAACAACAGAUUUCUGCCAAAUUAAAACAAGAUCAUGCUGGAAUACAUGUGAAGUUGGUCAUCAAUGCACAAAGAAGCCUCCUUCUCAAUGAGAAGGUAGAAAAUUGAAGUGUUGAGUCAUCACCUCUUGCUACAGAUUUAUGUAGACCUGAUAAAAUCAGUCCAGUUCACUGGCUUUGUUUGUAACUUGACAGGAUAUGAUGAGUAUUACUUGAGCAAUGUUUAUGCAAGAUCUGUUAGACUCUCUUUGUAGCUUUUCAAUGUCAGGUCACCCUACAACUUCAUCUUCUAGUCAUUUCUACAUCAGAAACUAAAUAAGCACUUCAGUGGAGACUGGAAGUCACUGUCUUGAGGGAUAUUGCUCAUAUAGCAAGUCAAUAUCUUGAUCAUAAUAGUGCAAGCCUCUCAGAUUAGUGAGUUUGCUUAUGAGUCAAAAGACUGAAAUGAAAUGGUCAAUGCUGGAUGAAAGCUGGGUAAUGCAGAAAAUGUUCAGACCACAAAGGAGCAAAAUAACAGAAGCAGCUCCAAGAAUAUUGUAGAGAAAGGACUGGUUCUAGCUGAUGGCAAUCAAUCAUUCCCCGGCCCCAGCCAUCUACCUGGAGGCAAGCUUCUCUAACUGAUUUUAAGAGAGAAAUUAUUUUUUGAGAUAUGUGUUACUAUGAAAUUAGACAAAGUUUAUUAUAUAUCUUUUUUUCUCUUGAGGCUGAUGUCCAGAAUCAUUGAAAAGAUCCAAGAACAAUAGAUGAAAAUGGUUCUCCUAGUUCCAUAUGGAUGCAAAAGAUCAUGGCUUUCAAAUAUGCCUGCAAUGAAUCUGUAAUAUCCUUGGCAAUUUCCUUACCAAUUGGAUCAUCUGAUCCAGGACCCAGCGUUUCACCCUCCAUCUCAACUUCAUAGAGACCAGAGCACUACAUUAUUCAGUGUGCCAUCUCUAUGAUCCUGGCAUGCUGUUUACAAUAUUUGUAAUGCUUCCUGUGAGAUAUUCAGUUAUUGGUGUUUUCCUUAAUAUAUUUAUCCCAUGAAGGUAAAUAUCAGCAUAAUAUUGGAUUUCUUGCACAAAAGUUUCACGCAGGACUUCAGCAUGUGUAUUCGGAAAAAGCAUUUUUAUCCACAAUAUGGUAGGGAAAAGUGGAACCUUCCUCCAUGGCAUAGUCAGCCAUCAUUAUUGCUCUUCCAGUCAGAGAUGCAUAUAGUGUGUGGCAUACUACAACAGUGCUACCCAAAGUCACGGUCCACAAGCUAGUGCCAGACUAAGCGCCAUCAGCUGUCAGUCCACAACAAGUUUCCAAGAAAGAAAGGAACAGUUAUAGCCAGUGGGUACAAACAUGGUGCAAGUCCAUCAUGCAUUAGUGAAAAAACAUUGCCAGUGCCCCAUUAUCAGAUAGCCUGAGAAGGAAUGGGCUACAGUGUCUGAGUGAGUCCUGAGAAUGGUAUUAUGGCCAGUCACUUUUCUCUUACACACAUUUCUUGUUUUGAUCAUUUCUUUCAUAGAGUUUGUCUACACUGCUUAAAACCCCUUAAAAAAACCCAGCCUCCCCUUGAAUCUGGAGCAAUAAGCCACAGGAUACAUGGCCCAAUCCACCCUGGAUUCAGAGUAUCCUACCUUAUUGUGGCGUUUUGUGACACCAUUUUAGUAUGCAGGCCAAUUCCUGACCCAAAUGGUGAGAUUUUUCCCUCCUCUGCCCUUCCGCCAGCUUGGAACCACUUGCUAAUAUCAGACAAGGUGCCCAAAUUGCUGGAGCUGGAGCUGCCAAGGAAGGAAAAACUUCACCAUUUGGGCUGGGAACUGGCCCAGACAAAGUUCAAAAGGGGUGAAGGGAGCAGCAGUGGACCCCAGGAACUCUGCUGGGACAUUUGAGUAGUGUAGACAAUAUACACAAUGUCUCUGUAGAGAAAAAUGUUUGCAAAGUGGCUCUGGGCUGGGGGCAGGAGUCCAUGUGGACUUUUGCCCCUAGUGCAAACUAGCCCUUAGGGUUCCUUUCAUUUCUGAGCUUGCUUUGUGCUUUCAGGGUUUUGGUUUUUUUUUUCCUCCCAGAAGAUAGACUAGGAGCGGGUACCAAAUGGGCUUCUGGCUCGGUCUGGCAUUUCUGGGGCAAGGCUUUGGUGUCCUGAUGAGCUGGCCCUGCCUGUGUGACUGUGAGGAGACUGUCCCACAUUGUGAGAAGGGAUUUUCCCAUUCACAACCAAAUUUCACUUACUCCCAAGUAAGUCUGCAAAGGAGUGCCUCUUUUGAGUAUGACAGCCUGGCAGCUGAUUCAUAGCACCAAAAAAAGUUGUUCAUAAAGUGCAGGUACAAGAAGAGACAACUGGGGGGAAACUAACCUGUCAUCUCUGUUGUGAAUAUGCAGUCUCCAUGCUGGCCUUCAUUGCAAGGAUAUGCAGCAUAUCUCUUUUUCGAAGGUGCUACUGUGCAUUCGUGACUUUAGAGAUCCCAGCCUGCUUUUGUUAUGUAAUGCUCUGGUGUUUAACUUGAAUUUCUAACAGCAUAGCCAUCUCCUUGUUAUCAACUGAAUCCCAUUCUUCCUUCCAAAAAAAAUUAUAUAUAUGAAUUCCUGUUGCUUGUAUUUUCGUUUCACUCUACGAGUAAAGCAAAAGGCUUCUGGCCUAGGAAAACGGUUACCAUAGCAACUGAGGACUAGGUUAUCUUUGGAGAAUAUUUUGCCUUUCCCUUUUAAUUAUUUACUAAUGGCUUUGAGGACAUAGCUGUUCUUCCCAGAGCAAUUUGUUAAAAGACAAAAACAAAAAUGGAUUAUUUGUGCGUAUUAGCCGAGAGAGAGAGGUUUAUGUACCACAUUUGGGGGCGGGGGGAUCUGUUUAUGUCUGGUUAGUUUUGCUUUCCAUGGGGGUCUCUCUUCUCCACUCAUUUUAGUGGGGAGUCACAAGAAGAUGUAGACCUCCAGCCAUGUUUUGUUUCUGUGCUCAUGUGAGAAUUUCUUCCAUCUCAGAAGCUGCCCAGGGAGAAAAGAAUGUCUCAUUGGAACUUCUUCCCAGGUGUGAAGUAGACAACGCAAAACACAAAUGCACUUUGUGUAGAAAGUUUUGAACAUUAAAGUA